AUGAACCGGUCAACGCCGUCGCCGAGUCUCGUCUCCAAAGCUUCGCCUGGCUCGAAACCCUCCCCCUCGCCGACCGCAGGUACAAAGCGCAAAAGAAACGGGGUCAAAUAUUACGCCGUCAAGGCAGGCCAUAAACCAGGCAUAUACUAUGGUUGGGAUGAGUGUCUGGCUCAAGUAACGGGGUUCAAGGGAGCAAUCUUUCAAUCGUUCCCCUCGCAAGAAGAAGCAAGCGCGUUUUUGAAAGGCAUCAAACCACCAGCAGGCGCAUCGCAGAGCUCGGAGAAUACGCGAUACUACGGAAUACAACGGGGCCGGGUAACUGGAGUAUAUACGGAUUGGACAAAGGCACAGGAACAGAUCCGUGGGUUCCCGCGACCUCGAUAUCGCAAGUUCGGCACCCGCGAAGAGGCAGAAGCGUUCGUCCGAGAGGGACAGGCUCAACCUCCAGCUGGGUUCGGCACGCCAUCUGAACCUCCCGGGACCACGAUUGAAAGACCAAAGGAUGAAGACGGAGUUGAAUAUGAGCCAGGCGACGGCCCAUUGCCGGCUGGAGCUGAGGAUGGGUUUGAUCCGAAUGUCAUUCUCGACCCAGCCACUGGUAAGGUGGUGUACAAGACCGUCUCGCAGAUGACGGCGACGAAAACACAAUCAACCGGUAUCCCGGGGAUGCUGAGGAUAUACACCGAUGGGAGUUCAUUACAGAAUGGCACCCCAUGGGCGUCGGCCGGGGUCGGGGUAUACUUUGGACCUGGCGAUUCAAGAAAUGUCUCGGAGCCACUGAUGGGUAAUCGUCAGACCAACCAGCGCGCCGAGUUGACAGCCAUCCUCCGAGCGAUUGAUAUUGCCCCUCGACACCGAGAUGUGACCAUAGUCUCCGACAGCAAAUAUGCAAUUAACUGCGUUACUGACUGGUUUGUCAACUGGCGUCGCAACAAUUGGAUGACGCGCGACAACAAGCCAGUUGAGAAUCGAGAUCUGAUUGAGUCGAUCUUGGUCAAGAUCGAGGAACGCAUCGAUCUCAAGGUCAAGACCAAGUUUGAGUGGGUUAAAGGCCACAAUAAAGAUGCAGGCAACGAACAGGCCGACAAAUUAGCAGUCGCUGGAGCCCAAGCUGGUGUGGCUGCCAGGUUCGAGUUACAGAGUAUUUUGGACGAUAUGGACAAUGAACGGGAGGAACGGGAGAGGGAACUGGAAGAGGAGGAGGAAGAGGAAGAGGAAAUCUAG